AUGAAAACGGAAUCCGAAUUUACACCUUCUACAACUCUUCCUCCGCCCCAACCCAACAAUGACGCCGAAGGAGGUGUAUUGGCAUGGUUGCAAGUCGCCGGUUGCUUUUGUCUAUAUUGGAAUAGUCUGGGACUCAUAAAUACCUUUGGCGUAUUCCAGACCUUCUACGAAAACCACCUUCUCACAAACAUGUCCUCAUCAGACAUCUCCUGGAUCGGUUCCAUCCAAAUGUUCUUCCUCAUGUCGGUUGGCAUCAUCAUCGGCCCGCUGUACGAUGCCGGCCACUGCCGUCUCCUUAUCAUCACUGGAGCAUUCCUCGUCGUCUUCGGAUUUAUGAUGACGAGCCUUUGUACAACCUACUGGCAAGUCAUGCUUGCCCAUGCUGUGUGUGUUGGCCUAGGAACCAGCUGCUUGUCAAUUCCGUCCAUCGCAAUCGUCCCGCAAUACUUUAAAGCUCGGCGUGCGCGAGCCAUGAGCAUUGCUACUGUCGGAAGCUGCGUGGGCGGAACUGUCUACCCGCUGAUAUUCCAAGGCUUGCAGCCGCGAAUAGGCUUUCCAUGGACCGUCCGGAUCUUUGCUUUCAUUUCACUCGCCAUGUGCUGCUUCUCGCUCGCUGUAUUGCGUCCGCGACUGCAUGGAGGAAGGCGCUUCUCGGGAAUUAAAUCACUCAUUGACCGUUCGGCAUUCAGCAGUCCCUCGUACUCUGUAUACGCAGUUGGCAUCUUCUUCACCAAUGUCGCCUGGUUUGUGCCUGUCUUCUACUUGCAGUCAUAUGCACUGGGCCACGGCCUCCGAGGUCAGGCUGUGGCUCUGUAUCUCGUUGCGAUACUCAACGCGGCCUCGAUUCCUGGCCGAAUUAUCCUAGCCAUGGUUUCCGACCGAGUUGGACCCCUUAAUACCCUGGUAUUCAUCACAGCCUCCACAGCUAUUGUCACGUUCUCAUGGGCGGCGGUAAACACCGGUGCUGGAAAUAUCGUCUUUUCAAUCUUUUAUGGGUUCUUCUCCGGGAGCCUUGUGGCGGUGGCCCCAGUUGUCCUUGCAUCCUUCACAACUGACCUGAGCCGCCUCGGGACAAGACUUGGGAUGGUAUCUUUUCUAAAGGGAAUCGGAUCACUGAUAGGAUCACCAGUUGCUGGAGCUAUCCUCGCUCGUUCUGGUGGCGGCUACUUGGGUGUUCAGCUUUUUGCCGGUCUCUGCUUUCUGGUAACAUUUUCGUUUCUCGUCAUUUUGCGCAUUAUUCUUGGCGGAAAGCAGUGGAGUACUAGACUGUGA